UCGCACAAUUAGAAAACACAUCACCUCUUUCUAUUCAACCACAGGGUGUAUUAUUAAAAACGUGUUAACAAUAACAUAAAGAGUGGGAAUCAUGAGAAGUGGCAAACACUACCUGUUGCUCCCCUCUCUUGCAAUAAGAUCCACAGAAGCAUUAUCUGGGUCUACUCUGUGUUUAUGCGAUUAGAAAAACAUUAUUCCAAUAUGGAGGAAAAAAGAGGUCGCAAAGCUACUACUGUGCAGACUCCUACGCCUUCAGUCUCCCUCCGCCGCUCAUUGGUCCAUUCAGCAGCAUCUUCAGCACCACGCAGGCUGAACAGCGACACUCCGCCGUGCAGCUUUCAUCACAUGAGGACACGCCGAGCGGCGCAUACGCUGCCCUGCACGGAUACUAUGACACCGUUUAUCCAAUUAUUAUUAUUUUUUUUUACCCAGCACCUAUAACGCCAUCGAUUCAUCAAGUGUGUGACAGAUGCUGACGAUCCUGGUUUAUUCCCCCAGCUCGUUUUGAUCAGGGAUAACCCGCCUGUGUCGUCUAACUCUGCAGGAGGAAGCUGUUUUCGCUUGCCUCUGUCAGUGUUUUUUUGUUUUUUUGUUGUUGUUUUUUUACUCCAUCCAUCACAGAUGACCGGACUCCCAGGUUUCACCGGGUUUCCCUCCCGUCGAGUCGACAGGCAUGACGGACAGUAACACCGCCGCUCGGGUUAUAAGCAGCAGCAGCAGCAGCAUCUCAUGUACAGUGCCGCAUCAACAAGCCUCGCCGUCCGACCACCGGGUCCCCCUGCCGGCGCCCCGGUGUCCGCCGGUCCCCCGACGCCUCUUGUGACAUGACAGCUCGGGGAAGGAAGAAGAGGAUCAAAGGUUACGGGCAGGGGUUCCUGCAGGAGCAGAGACGGGUCGGAUCCUUGAGGAGAGGGCACACGGGAACAGACAGUGUGCACCGUGUGAGCGGACAGGAUACAAUCAUAUCCGUAUCAAAAAUUCAUGUGAUACUUUAUUAAUCCCUGCAGGGUGUUUCUCUUGUGGCUUGCAGCCUGCGGGGAGGUCAGAGCACGGGGUUAGCCCCUGGAGCUGGUUGAUGCGGCCGUACAUCAGGAGGGCGGGUGCCCUGAGCCUGGAUCCUGGUCUCACUGGACCCGGCUGUCCCUCACUCCUGCUCCUGUGAUCUCACUGAAGCCUUAUUUGUGAUUCUGAUCUUGGGCCUCGUACAGCGUGGUAGCACCCACCUUUGCCUUACAGUUUCAUCUGAUGCACGGCCUCAUAGUGUUGAUCCUGGUCGAGUCCCGGUCAGCAGUGCUGUUCCCCAGGCCUGUCAGGCUCUCUUGGCUGCUCCUGACCAUCACCUUUACGUGCACAGCCAUGGGCUGCAUCCAGAGCAUAGCCUGUAACAAGUCACGCAUCAAACGAGAGAACAUCGUGGUGUACGACCUGUCCGCCACCAUAGACCACUGCCCGACUGUCAUUGAGGAGAACUCGCCCAUAGUGCUUCGAUACAAGACGCCCUAUUUCAAAGCCUCGGCGCGGAUUGUGAUGCCCCCUAUACCGCGCAAUGAGACGUGGGUGGUGGGCUGGAUCCAGGCGUGCACCCAGAUGGAAUUUUACAACACCUAUGGAGACAUCGGCAUGUCGAGCUGGGAGCUGCCUCAGCUACGAGAAGGUCUGGUGAGGGCCAUCAGCGACUCGGACGGCGUGAGCUACCCCUGGUACGGAAACACAACAGAGACUGUCACUAUAGUGGGCCCCACCUCCAAGCCAUCCCGCUUCAUCGUUAGCAUGAAUGACAAUUUUUACCCCAGCGUCACCUGGGCGGUGCCGGUCAGUGAAUCCAACACGCCCUUACUGACUAACAUCAAAAGAGACCAGAGCUUCACCACCUGGCUGGUGGCGCUCAACACCACGUCCAGGGAAAAGAUCCUCCUCCACACCAUCAAGUGGAGGAUGAGGGUCGACAUUGCAGUGGAUCCGUCCUUGCCUCUGGGCUCCAGAGCCAGGCUGGUGGGCCGGGUUCACCAGGAUCAGCCGCGGGUUCUGACCCGCAUGGAGCCCAUCCCUCCUAACGCCAUGGGGAGGCCCAAUGCCAACGAUGCCCAGGUUCUGAUGUGGAGGCCGAGGAGAGGGCCUCCGCUUGUCGUCAUACCACCCAAGUAGAGCGUUGAGAGCAUCUGAUUGGCCGUUUGUUACAUCAUAUCAUAGUGGGCCACUUCUGCAGUGAAACGGCUAACAAGACAAUCAGAUGAGAAAAAAAACUAUAAGAUCUGUAACCAGGCUGAGACUUGAACUGUCAAUGGCACAAAACAAAGUUUUUUUUUGCGUGUAAAAUCUUGAGGGGACAACUGCCUUAAUUCCCCACCGCUGCCUUUGACGAUCCAGAAAGUAUGUCUGUCGCUCCUUCUGGUGCUGUUGAGCUGUUGGGUAUCCAGGCCUUCACCUCCAGCCUGGCCACAACUGAGCAAAGCUAACUUUGAAUAUCCGCCAUUAGUGCUGGGAUGUUAACACAAACCCGUACUGUAGCUACUCAGGCCCAGAAAGAAAAAAAAAAAAAAAGAUCAAGCCUAAAUACAGACCCUGUUUAAAAAGGUACUUCAGCCUUAAUGAUGACAUAAUACUGGCCUGCUCUGUACUGUACAGUAAAGUGCUGUGUAAGAGUGUAACCAAGGAACGGUGUUAGUUUUUGUGUCACACAGGUUUAAAGGAGGACAACGCCGCUACGGACCGAGAUACGUUAAUAUAUCAGCUGAAAUGUUACUGGAUGAUGUACUUUUACAGAUGACGUGAGUGUGGCUGUGCAGGCAUGUGUGUGUAUGUGUUUGUUGGUUGUGUGUUUUCUAUAAUGGAGCCCCAGGGUUGGGUCCGGGCUUGCUGCUUUGUCACACCAGACUGCCUCACACACACACACACUGACACACACUACAGGGAGGGUAAAGAUUGUCGACAUACAUGCAUCCUCAGAGCUACUUUGCUUUUUUUUUUUAAAAACAUAUCACAGAUAAUGUAGAGAUCACAGCUUGGGUAUGCUUAAACGGCACCCUGCAGUGGGAUUUUUAUUUUUUAUUUUUAAUCAAACACAAACGGCCAGUUCAUCCAAGCUGUGGAGCUUCUCGCUCCCUGCCUUUCGAAAGCCAGCGAUGCCUGUGUAGAUGACAGCCAUCUCCAGUAAAGAAAAAAAAAACAUGACCUUUGUCUGACCUCUGUAAGAGAAACAAUAUGUCUUUAUCCUGUCAGUAUAUGUCGUUCAAGAACAAAGAUUGUAGUGAAAGAAAGAGUGUAUUUAUGCUAGAAGACAGUUCACCUAAAUUACAAAGCAAAACAAAAAAAACUUCUAAAUUCCUUCUAGCAGCUUCAAGACAUGCUGCAGAUUUGGGGGAUUUUUUUGAAAUAUCUGUCAGUAAGAUUUCUGCCUCUUAACCAAAAAUAACGAAGACGAAUGCAUUUCUCAUCACAGCUUUCAAAAAACUGCAUUUAAACAACGCUAGCAGCCGCACUUAAGAUACCGCAAAGCUUGGAGCUGAACACUAACAUGCUGAUGUUUAGCAAACAGCAUGUGUUCAUUCAUUGUCUUAGUUUAGCACGCUGGCAUGCUGAUAAUUGCUAAUUAGCACUUAGUGGGAAUCUCUUUUUGCAGGUAGAAAAUGUCUAGAAGAAAAGUCUGUUCAUGAGCAAAAGGUAUUAUUAUUUAUCUGAUCUGAGCCAGAUUUCAUGACGAUAUUGACAUAAAAGCAUUCGCUUUACCUCCAUCGUAUUGGGUGGAGGUAGAAACUUGCUACAGAUAUUUGGAAAUCUGCAGGAAUAAAACUGAAACAAGAUAGAUAGUAAAAAAAAGUUUUUUUGUGAUUUGGGUGAACUGAGCCUUUAAAGUUUGGUGCAGUAUUUGGUUUACUCAGACAUACAGUGUCGUGUCAUUUCUGAUCUUUUAUAAAAAUUUGUUUUUAUAUGAGGACUCAUAAGCGGAGUGCAGCUUACAGAAACAUUUCACGAUCACGUUGAAUCUGCAAACGUUGCUUAUUGUUUUCCAUGCAGGUCUGUACGCUGUAUUUCUAAACGGUACACACUCAAUGGGCCAGUGAAACAGGUCACGCUUGAAGUGCUGAGCUGGUUCAAGAUGAGACAGAGAUGAAGAGAGACUGGAGGAUGUAAUCACGAUAUCUUACACAAUGCUGCUCAUUAUUCCUGGUGCAAAUCGAACGAGCCUUCACACAUACAAACAAACGCAUACACACCUCAUUUUAGAGCGACACUAUAGCGGUGAUCACCUGGAAGGAGUGUUUUGUUUUUUAAGCCUGUCUGUAUAGAGGGCAUGGAUACUGGAUUUCUCAACAACAAGCCUAUUGUAGCCAUGACACAGGAGCAGUUAGUGAGGCAAACAGCAUCUGAGAGCCCAUGUUGACAAUCAAGGGAAACAUCUCAAGCAGCACUUUUAACUGGAGAAUUAAAGUAAGUGAUCUGCGAUUUUAUUCAGAGGAUUGAGGCAAACACUUUUUUCACACGGAAAAUAAAGUGUUAG